AUGGCCAACUUUAAGCUCCCUACCCUUUUCCUCAUCGCCAGCUCAGCUCUCAGUCAUGCGGGAAGCUCAUUCUACUCGUUGUAUGCCUACUCUGACGCUAAGUGUCAAACCGAAAUCUUCAGCAGUGGCACUGGCAGUUUCGAUUUGUGUGUCGACAUGACCAAAGAACAGCUCCGGUCAGUUGAGUUUGGGCCUGAUGCAAGCGCGAUUAAGUGCCCUUCCGACUCUGCCGUCGUCCUCAGUGUGUAUGGUGAGCCGGAGUGUAAAGGAGAUGGCAUCACUUUUUACGAUCUCGAAGGCUGUCUUCCUCUUAGUAAAAACCAUACCUUGGUCACUGCUGCAUCAUGGCACGCGCGGUGCGCUCCCCGCCCAAGCCAGACUCCUUGA